AUAAAAUCAAGGCAGGAGUUAUCACUACAUCAAAUUCUGGCUUUUGACUAAAGUUGUACAUAUAUAUUGAACAAUUUAUAUGAUGAAAUGUUACAUUUAUAGGUACCGAAUAACCAUCUUAUUGAUAAGUUGAAAGAUGAAAGAAGUAUUCAACUAAUCAAGGUACUUCGAAUUAAAAAAUCUAUAAACACAAACAAGCAAAGAAAUGGACACAAAAAAACAAACAAGCAAAUACACAUAAAAACAAACAAGCAAACGAAUGGGCACAAAAAACAAACAAUAUGUUUUAGGGCUCAUGAUGAGUGAUUCAGAGAAUAAAUCACUUGAGGGAAAGAAACAAAGAAACAUGGACCAAACAUUAAGACUUAUCUGCGUAUCUACUUGCAUAGUGAUAUUUCUAGGGUGCUAUAUUGUGUAUGAAACACAGAGAAGCCUUACUACAAUAUCACUGAAUGCAUUUAAAGACCCAAUGCUGCUCCCAGAUGUAAAAAUGCCAGAGGCUUUAUCCCGUAGCAAGACGAAAGAAUAUAUCUUGACCCACAGAUUAUUUCUUAAUGAAACUAUCCACAUGAUGCUGAAGAAGAAAAAUAGUGAUGUAAAGCAAUUUGACAUCAAAUACCCACAUUCUUGUAAAAUUUGGAGACACUACGAAAAAAGUAAAAUAGAUCAAUCAAUCUUAAUUUAUAGCAAGUAUCAAAAGUCUGGAAGUACAACCAUAACACAUCUGCUGUAUAAUAUAACACUUAAAAAUGGGGUCAACUUCAGAUAUACGUUAUCUAAAGAUGCCCUUGGCUACAAUGGAAUUACUGGACUCCAUAAUCUUACAGAAAUUAUUAAAGGUUAUCCUAAACCUGUUAUUUACAUUGCACAUGUUGGGUUUUUAGACUUCACUAAAAUCGGGUAUAAUCCACCUGUUUAUAUAGAUGUGGUACGUGAUCCUGUAGAGCAAGCUAUUUCAAUGUUUUAUUUCCUAAAACAAUGCUGGGCAUGCCAAAGAAAACAUAAUAAUACAUAUAGAGAAUCAAUAAUUAAAAUGAACAUGAGUGAUUACAUUGAUAAAUAUGGAGUCGAUAAACUUCCAAGAAAAAGUCAAAUUAAGUGGUUCUCAGGGAUAGAUGGUAAUAGAAAAUCAAUCAAUAUGGCGAAACGAAAUAUAGAGAAGUAUUAUCUUUUAAUAGGAGUCCAGGAGUAUUAUAUUCAGACGAUGCAAGCUUUGGAGAUGCUUCUUCCUUUGUUUAAAGGACAACUUCACUCAAAAGUACAAGCAGGUGUAAGAAUAGGUGCAACAACCCACUCAAAGUUUCCCCCAAAUUCACACCAGUUUCAACUUAUGAGAGAAAAAUAUGCUUUUGACUAUGACCUUUAUAAUUUCAUAGUACAACGAUUUCAUGGUACUUUGAAAUGCCUGCACAUUCCUUAAGGCCUCAAACAUGAACAAAGACCCUCAUCCAUCAACUUGCAUGUACUGGAGAAUUGGACUUGGGUGAAAUUCAUUCCCAUUGGUAUAUGUACGUUGUACAUCAUUGGUGGUUUCAUAUGUGAAAGUACUGCUUCGGAGUGCUUCGGAUGGCUUUGGAAGUGGCGCUUCUGUUUGCAUGUUUGUGUUCCUAUUGGCAGAAUUGAAAAAUUUACCAAUUUUCUUAGACUUUGUUUCAUGGAUUCUUCAAAUAUUUUAACAAAGUCUUACAGUCUGACACCAUAAACUUACCUUGCCCUGCACAGUUGUGGGCGG